AUGGCCUCGAUCUCGCUGCCUCCGUCCCAGCCGGGAUUCCCGCCGCAGUUCAGCGCUCAAUCCAGCAACCAUUCUCGUCACAAAAGCAUGCAUUCACCAUUGCCUAAUCCUCCAUUUGUCUUUCCAGCCCGUGAUCCUGAGGCCCCCAAUACCAAAUCGGAGACCCCUGAGCAUCGGGAGCGGGCCGCAUUGCCCGCAUUCUCGUUCAAUCCUGGCUCUGAACAACCCCAGUCGUCUCAUCUAUCGGCACCGUCCUUGUCAAACCAUCGCGCCGGUGGACAUCGUCGACGAACAAGCGAAUUUGUCGGGACCGACCAGCUGGUGACGCCAGAAUCAGCCGGGUCAGGUGAGAAGCGGGAGGACUCUUCAAUCACACCACAAUCACUUCCACCACCAGGACCGGGUGUGGGUAGGCCUCCUGGACGACGAGGCCAUGCCCAUCGCCGCUCGGCUGCCAUAUCCGGAGUCGAUUUGAACGCAAUCACCAAAGCCCUGGGCCCAAACUCCGGGGCUGGAAGUGCGCCGUGUACACCUGCCGACCCUAACCACAAGUCUACCUCGGAUCUUCCUGCGCGACCGGUCUCUCAGUCUGGAAUUAGUCUCGGUCGACCAACCCCUCCUGCGUCUCCUCAAUUUCCACCCGUCCCGCCCGUUCCUCCCAUUCCGGCCGCUAUCCAAGCCGAAAUCGAUUCGCAUAACCAGCACCCACAGGCUACAAGGCCGGUCUCCACAUUCUCACAUGGAACAACAGACAGUGCGACUACGAUUAAGGCUCCCCUCCCAGAGGCGCUGCCAAUCCCAGACCAAGUUACCCCGAGGUCCGAUCACAAGCCUAAGCCGCGGCCGAAAACUGCCGAUGCAUCUUUGGUUAUGAAUUUCAUGGAAAUGCAGGAGUCCGGCGCUUCCUCUAUUAAGCGUUCGCAUUCCGCCGCGGGCCAUUCGCGUGCCCGAAAGAGCAAAUCAACACCCCACCUCGACUCGACCCUCUCCCCCGAUGAUAGCAAUUCAACAGACCACUCCCGUCCUUCCUUUUCGGAUGAUGGCUCUGAGUCGUCUGGGGAUGAAACAAUCGAGGACUCACCUUCGAAAAAGUCUGAAACCAAGUCGAAAAAGAAGAAGCAGAAGCGUGUGCGCUCCUGGGCUGGCCACAUUCUAACGCGAACUAAGAGCAAGGGCAAGAGCAAGCGCCAUGCCAAACCCGAAUCAGAGGAACAGGUUACCAAACCUCGUCCCGCUGCGCCUCGUCCUCCUGCUUUGACUCGGACCAACUCAGAAGCCGGAUCAGCUUUAGAUGUCGAUUUCGACAACGACGAUGUUGUCGUCAUUCGCACUCCCACUAAUCCAACCAUGCCGCCGUCCGCCUUGGAGCCCGUCACAAACAGUUGCCCGAACGAUCAGUCUCUGCCUGCGCCCACUCUGGAAACCUCGUGGAAACCAAGGAGCUUCUAUGAGCAGGAUGUAGGACCUCCUGAUAACAUGCUGAGCAGCCCUAUCAUUGAUCUCGAUGCUGCACUCGGUCCGUUUAAUACCCCGGACAUGCGACCAGUGGCACAAGGCGCGCCCAAUAACAACUUCUCAGUUGCCACCCAACGGAUGUACAGCGGUGGAAGACGGGGUGAAUUUGUUGGCCCUGAGAUGCGAUACCACCGGCGAACCGAAAGCGCCCCUGUCAUGCAACCUUUUGACCGCGCUGCUCUCGCCCCUUAUCGUCUGGGCCCAACAUCUGCGGUCGAAACCCCCGAUGUGUUUGACGAGGAGGAAGAAGAUGCUUUCUUGGCUGCAAGCCAGUCACCACGGUCUCAGUCGCCCAGGAUUGAACGUCCUCGUUUCGAUUUCCCCUCGAUUGACAGUGCAGCAUUUUCAUCCUCAGAAGAAGACCGAAAGUCCGUCCAGAGCAACGACACUGCGGACACAGGCAAUACCACCCGAGCUCCAUCUAAAAGCGUCUCCUCCCAGAAUGCAGGUCUAGGCAUCCAACAAGGCGACAGACCUGCCUCAAUGGAACAGUCAGAGGAAAAGCCGGCAGCCGAGCAAGUUCAGACGGCCAGUAACCCUUUUAUGAGCAAGCCUCGGAGCCCCGUGGAGAUCCUAAGGGCGGAGGAUCCCAGUCAUAAAUCGAUGGGCCCCCCAAGCCCUGAUGUCUCUCCUCGGUUCCUCGCUAUCGACAAACGCCCAUCCACGUCGCCUGUUGAACUCCUUCCUAGCAUUCCACCAUUUGCGCUUCACCCCGGAGUUUCACCUUCCGAUUCGUCUUUCCCCUCGCCUGAUGCUCCACGAUCAAUUGCUGCGUCCUCAAUGAAUGAUCGCAACUUCUCAAGUCACUCGUACCAUCACCUUCCAUCGGCUGAAAACCCCUAUGCAUCGAUCGAAGAUGUCCCAUCUUUGACAAGCAGUGCAUCAACCAUGACCAAUACUCUCAAUCGCUUCUCUGCGGCCUCCUUCUUUCCCCGCGGACGUCUUUCCACCGACCGCGCGGCAUCAUUCUCAGCUGCUGGAACCCGACGCACAAGUCAGGCCAACACUUCCAAGCGUUCGAGUCUCGCCAGUCUCUCUAAGCUGGUCGGUGGUCCCCAUUCCGAGCGGAGCAAACUCAGCCAGGAGGAGAAACCCCCUGGAGACGCCUCCGAGAAGACAAAGAAAAAGGGCCGCCGCAUCAGUCGCUUGAUGCAUUUCUGGAAGGUCAGAGACAAAGAGAAGCCAUCCGAUCAAGCGGACGACCGACCACAGUCGUAA